AUGAAUGACCUCAGAAAUGCAUCUACAACCACAACUGUGAUAGACAGCAAAAAUGGAUCUGUGCCCAAAUCCCCUGGAAAAGUGCUGAAGAGGACAGUCACAGAAGACAUAGUGACGACAUUCAGCUCCCCUGCAGCCUGGCUUCUGGUCAUUGCCCUGAUAAUCACGUGGUCAGCUGUUGCCGUCGUUAUGUUUGAUUUAGUGGAUUACAAAAACUUUUCAGCAAACUCUAUUGCCAAGAUUGGCUCAGAUCCUUUAAAACUUGUACAUGAUGCUAUGGAGGAAACCACGGACUGGAUCUAUGGCUUCUUUUCUUUGUUAUCUGACAUCAUCUCAUCUGAUGCUGAUGAAGAAGAUGAUGAUGGUGACGAAGACACGGAUAAAGGAGAAAUAGAGGAGCCUCCCUUAAGAAAAAAAGAAAUACACAAAGAUAAGACUGAAAAACAGGAGAAACCUGAAAGGAAAAUACAAACUAAAGGCUAUGCAUUCCCUCUGUGCAUAUCCUUAUCUGUAUUUAUAUUGAAUUUAGGAGCUCAGAAACACCUAAAAGAACCAUUAGAUGUGGAAAAAAACAACAUCUCAAUGUUUCAAGCAACUCACAAGGAAAAAAUUGAGAAAAAAGAAAAACCAGAAACAAAGACAGUGGCAAAAGAAGAGAAGAAAAGUAAGACUGCAGAAAAGAGUGAAGAAAAGACUAAAAAGGAAAUGAAAGGUGGAAAACACGAGAAAGUGAAGCAAACAGCUGCAAAAGGAAAAGAAGUACAGAAAACACCAUCAAAACCCAAAGAAAAGGAGGACAAAGAGAAAGCAACGGUGUCAAAGCAUGAACAGAAAGAUCAGUAUGCAUUCUGUCGAUAUAUGAUUGACAUGUUUGUCCAUGGGGAUUUAAAACCAGGACAAAGCCCGGCCAUUCCACCUCCAUUACCGACAGAACAAGCUUCCAGUCCCACCCCGGCAUCACCUGCCCUUGAAGAAAAAGAAGGGGAAAAGAAGAAGGCUGAGAAGAAAGUUACUUCUGAAACAAAAAAGAAAGAAAAAGAAGAUGUCAAAAAGAAAAGUGAGAAGGAAACCUCCGUUGAUGUGGAAAAAAAAGAGCCAGGAAAAGCUCCUGCAACAAAACAAGGGACGAUGAAAAUUACAGCACAAGCAGAAACUAAAAAGGAUGAAAAGAAGGAAGAUCCCAAGAAAACAAAAAAACCUGCAGAAGUAGAACAACCCAAGGGAAAAAAACAGGAAAAGAAAGAUAAACAUGUGGAACCAGCAAAGUCACCAAAGAAGGAACACUCAGUUCCAAGUGAAAAACAAGUAAAAGCAAAAACUGAACGAGUCAAAGAGGAGGUUGGUGCUGUUUCAAGUAAAAAAGCUGUACCUGGAAAGAAGGAAGAGAAAACAACGAAGACAGUGGAGCAAGAAAUUAGAAAAGAAAAAUCUCGGAAGACUUCUUCAGUUCUGAAAGAUAAAGAACCUAUUAAAGGGAAAGGAGAGAAGAUUCCAGCUUCCCUAAAGGAAGAAGAACCUGAAACUAAAAAAGAUGAAAAGAUGUCCAAAGCAGGCAAAGAAGUCAAGCCUAAACCUCCACAACUACAAGGAAAAAAAGAAGAGAAACCAGAACCUCAAGUUAAAAAAGAAACAAAACCAGCUGUAUCUGAAAAAUUGCAAAUACACAAACAAGACAUAGUGAAACCAGAAAAGACUGUUUCUCAUGGUAAACCAGAAGAAAAAGUUCUCAAGCAGGUAAAAGCUGUCCCAAUAGAAAAAACAGACAAACCCAAGCCAGCAAAAAAAGCUGAACAUCAAGAAAAAGAACCUCCACUUACAAAAACAGACAAACCAAAGCCAGCUCCAAAAGAAACAUCAGAAGUCACAGAAUCAGGGAAGAAGAAAACUGAAAAAUCUGAAAAAGAAAGUAAAGAAAAAGCCGACAUGAAGCACCAUAAAGAAGAAAAAGUCUCAACAAGAAAAGAAAGUCUUCAAUUACACAAUGUGACAAAAGCAGAAAAACCUGCAAGAGUAUCAAAGGAUAUUGAACAGGUGCCAGCUUCAAAGAAAGCUAAAGAAGAAGCUGAAGACGUGUCUUCCACAAAGAAGCAGAAAAGUCCCAUCAGUUUCUUCCAGUGCGUCUACUUGGAUGAGUACAAUGGCUAUGGAUUUCAGUUUCCUUUCACUCCCGCACACCGCCCUGGAGAGAGCUCUGGCCAAGCAAAUUCUCCAGGACAGAAGCAACAGAGACAGUAACACACAUGUAUGACCCUUACAAGUGCUUUAAGAUUUUGGAAAUGAGAUGUUUUGUCCACAAUCGUGCAGGCAAUUGAACUUAUGCAACCCAGAGAAUUUCUGUGAAAACAUUUUGCACUUUAGCUUGGUGUGGACAGAAAGGGUGGCCAAAUGGAUUGAGUGAUGAGCAGACAUGUUUAAGGGUCUAAGUCUCAAGAAUCUGUUAUGUGUGUUAGCUGCAGUGGGAGGGGGUGCUUGUAUUUAUUUUGUUUCCAGCCACUAUAAGGUUGUACACAAACUUAUUUAAAGUUUACUUAAUAAUGCUAUUUUCAAAAUAAUUGACACAAUUACAAAAUGGAAUUCCUGGCUUCAGUUAGCUAUUUUUUUAAUGACAACAUAGACUAUGCUUCAAGUUUAAAAUAUGGGGGAACUUAUAUAAAAGUGACUCUUUUGCAACAUAUGGGUAUCUAAACUCAAUUUACCCAAUAAGUUGAUGCUUAAUGAUUUUCUUUUAUUUAUGUCUAUUUCCAUUUUAGUUGUGGCUUUGCUCUAACAAUGGGUACCAGUUGUACUACAGACUGUUAUAAGUUUCUUGUGAUACUCUUUUAGAACUCAAAAUAUGUCACAGCUUAAUACAUGGUAAGAUGGAGAAUAAAUGCUUCAUAAAUCUUUAAGAUAUGUCUUGAAUGAUAAUUAGGACAUUCAGUCCAGUGAAAAUAGACCACUUAAUUAGGCAGGUCUAGUGAGUCAUUUGUUUAAAAUAUAAGCAAAUGAGAUGUGGAAUUCUGAGAUUUCUCCAGAUCGUGUCCUAAUAAAAAUGUCACCAGGGUGAAAUUUUAGAUCAAUCACUAAAUUUGGGUGACAGAUGUAAAAAUAUUUUCAUUUCACUUUAAUAUCUUCUUUCUGUGAAGUUAAAUGUUUUCUUUUUCAUAAUGGCAAAAUAUGAAUGCCAUUAAAGUUUAAGGAAUUCAUUUUAGCCUUAAAUGCCUUCAUGAGAAGUCUUACUUAUUUUUUAGGUCACUGGUCAUCAGUGCCAGUGACAUAGAUAACAAUUUUUAACCUACUUGACAUUGUAUCACUGGGAAUGACUGCUAUGUUUUUGUCAUAUUCCUAGUGAUAUAAAUAUUCAUGUUCUUUACUACAUUGUUUUUAUCAACUCUAAACACAUGCCUCUGUGACCUUAUCAUGUUUACAGUUGCAACUGAACUUAUGACAAAUUAACUCAGGAAAUAAAUUGAGUUAUCCUUUCCAGCACUGUAAUUAUCAUCAGCAAGCCCUGAGAUAGCCAGAGGAAGACUAGCCAAGUGAUUUAUUUUCAAGGAUUGUCACUAACUAUGGUUCUUUAGGACCAAGAUAUAAAACAGUUUCACUAAAAAUUAUUAGGCUAAGGUAUCAAUCAUACAUUCAUUACUAAUAAUGGAUUUUUGGAGACUUUUGUGAAAGAAGUUGGUCUCUGCCAGAUGCUGGUAGACCUCAUUCACACCAUGAAAGCCAGUGUUACAUGAACCAGAUUAAGGACUCUCUUUAUGGGGGAUGUAGGAAGUGUAUAAUUUCAGGAAUGACCAGACAGUACCAUCGUGCAAAGCCCCUUCAUGUAGCAAUGUAAACUUGUGGGCAGGACAGUGGAUGAAGUUUGUUGCUCAACUGCUCCUCCAGCCUGCUCAAUUUACUAAGUAAAGAAAGAGCAAAUAUGAUACAUCUUUUGGAUUUCAUAGAACAAAAUGGUUUGUCCAGUAAGCCUUUCAUUCAAUGACUAUUUAUUGAAUACUAACUCUUUUAGGGCACUGUGUUAUGUGCUGGAUUGCGUAAGAAAAAUACACCAAUAAAUUCUAUUCCAGUGCUAUUCUGACGCAGUGAAUGACCUUGAAAAAUUUACUAAACAUACUGUGUUUGUUUCUCCAGGAGUAAAACAGAGAUACAGGGACACACAGUCUAAUAUCUCAUAGAAAUACUGUGGAAACAAAUAAAAUAUUUUAACAUAAAUAUGACACUAAAGUAAAUUUCCAAAAUAAUACUUUUGGAUAUGGCACGAAUUUUUCCUCUGAGUGCUUUACUGUUUCUUUCACUCUCAAUAUAAAAACUAUUGGGUAGGAUAAAACAUGACAUAUUUUAUUGUAAUUAGAAUUUAGACAAAUCAGCUAUAAUGGAAACAAUGUUAAUAAUAAUUAUGUUUUAUCUGAUUAAAGUUACAAUGGUGAUAGCACUUUAAAAAUAUUAUCUGUCAUUUGUUUGUAUGUUACCAUCAAAUAAAAUAGUUAUAGCUCUUCUAAGUUUGAUGCCUUACAUUUUAAAAGGAAAAGAUAAAUGAUUGGUUAAGAAUCUUUGUCUUUAAUGGUUCAUUCAUAAUUCAAGUUAUACUGGCCAUGAAUAUGUAAGCAUUUCAUAAUUGUUUUAGUUAUUUUGUAUAACUGGUAUACACUACUCCCGUCACAUCCCUACUUUUACCCACCCUUCAUCCUCUCUUAACAGAUAAAGAUCUGAAAAUAAGAACUUAUUUUUCCAAAGGCUUUUGAUUUAUGUUUAGUUUUCUUAAAGCCUGAUAAAUCAUGAUUCAAAUGGGGCAAUUAUUUUUUUGGAAUGAACCCUAGCAAAAGUACAUGUAUGUUGACUCAUUGGGGUGGCAUAUAUUUUUAAAACUUCUUGCAGAAAUAUUUUAGAAACUGGUAUUGUGAUAGUGUGUGUUUUAGAGAUUGAACUUACAACCUUGAGCAAUCAUUCUGAAGAAAAAAAGCAAGGGAGAUAACAAAUAUUGCUGAUAGAAAAUUCAGUGACAGUCUAAGCCAAGUGACACAUACAAAAAAUUAAACUAAUCCUUGGAGAAACUUGAAAAUUUGCCCAAAGUAACUGACUACUUCAAAACUAGUCCUAGAACCUUGAUCAACUAACUCCCAAAUGUCCUUAAGUUUUCAGGGUAUCAUUACAAAUAUUGGCUUAUUUUUCCAGUAUCCCCAAAUUCAUCUUGCAAAUUAUAAUCAGUGACAGACAUAUAACCCUCUGUGAAAAGACUUGUAUUUUAUUUUCCUACUCAAAAGCUGAAAAGUGCCUUAAGAGUGUGUUGCAUUCACUUGCUUUAGAGAUAAAGAAAAUGAAUGUCAGAGAGGUUAGGUGGCAGGCCCAAGGGUACAUUGUUAGUUGGCAGCAGAACCAACUGGACUGAGAGCUCGAAUCUUUUUCUAAUCCUGUUCAUAUCCUCCCUGCCCUGUGUGACUCCAUAUGAUAUCGCCACCAUCGUAAAAGCUUCCCUUUGUUAUUUGCAAACUAAUUAAGAAAUAGGAACUCAGCAGGACUUCCCAGGACCUGGCCUUACAACAGUCUUUGCCCUACUCCUCUCAGGAUUAUAUCAGCACUACCCUGUACCUUCUUUUUCCCCCUCAUUAAUCAUACAUGUCCAUAAAACGUCUAGUUAUUACUGGAGAUGCUUUGUGUGAAAAAUAAAGGCCUUUAUUUUCCCAAACUAUCCAAUUAUUAAAGUCAUUAGUCAAACAAAAAACAAAAACAAAAACAAAAAAACAAACAAAUAUGUGCCCCAAAUAAAAA